AUGAAGUUGACGUGCUCUCGGUUGUGGUUAGAGGAGUUGUCGUUGACGUGCUCUCGCUUGUGGUCAGAGGAGUUGUCGUUGACGUGCUCUCGGUUGUGGUCAGAGGAGUUGUCGUUGACGAGCUCGCGGUUGUGGUCGUUGGUGUUGUCGUUGACGUGCUCUCGGUUGUGGUUAGAGGAGUUGUCGUUGACGUGCUCUCGGUUGUGGUUAGAGGAGUUGUCGUUGACGUGCUCUCGGUUGUGGUCGUUGGUGCCGUCGUUGACGUGCUCGCGGGUUGUCGGUGCCUCGGUUGAUGAAGUUGUUGACGUGCUCUCGGUUGUGGUUAGAGGAGUUGUCGUUGACGUGCUCUCGGUUGUGGUUAGAGGAGUUGUCGUUGACGUGCUCUCGGUUGUGGUUAGAGGAGUUGUCGUUGACGUGCUCUCGGUUGUGGUCAGAGGAGUUGUCGUUGACGAGCUCUCGGUUGUGGUCAGAGGAGUUGUCGUUGACGUGCUCUCGGUUGUGGUCGUUGGUUGUCGUUGA